GAAUGAGUUUUAUAGUUAGAAUUUGGUAACGUGAUCGGACGAUUACAAACUGAUUUCUGAAAAUGUCAACAGAGACCAGUGUUUUGGCAAUAUUGAUAUCUGUAUUCGUGUUUUCUCACGAUGUUCGGUGUAGGAUUUUGAAUCCCGUAAUUUUGAUGCCUGGAGAUGGGGGAACACAGUUUGAAGCCAAGCUGAACAAGACCACUGCUCCACACAGCUUGUGUACUCUGAAAACUAAUGUCUACUUCAGCCUGUGGCUGAAUCUGGAAGAGUUAGCUCCUAUUGUCAUCGACUGCUUCACAGACAACAUGAAACUUGUGUACAACAGGACCACCCACACAACAAGCAACACCCCCGGGGUGAACAUGAGGAUUAGUGAUUUUGGGGGAACAUCUACUGUGGAGUGGUUGGACCCUUCCCAUAUCUCUGUCACUUCUUACUUUGCCCCCAUCGUAAAUGCCUUGGUGUCUUGGGGUUACAAGCGAGGAGUUUCUGUUCGAGGGGUUCCUUUUGACUUCAGGAAAGCACCAAAUGAGUUUAAGGAGCUGUACCAGAAGAUGCAGGCGCUGAUCGAGGAGACAUACAGAAUGAAUAACAACACUCGUGUGGUCGUCUUGGGACACAGCAUGGGGAACCCUACCUCACUUUACUUCUACAACAUUAUGUCCCAGGCCUGGAAGGACAAGUAUAUUGAGGCCCACAUCAGUCUGGCUGGAGUCUGGCUGGGAGCUAUUAAACCACUCAGGCUGUUUGCUUCAGGUGACAGUCUCGGUGUGCUUUUUGUGAAGCCCCUCAAGGUUCGUAAGGAACAGCGAAGCAUGCCCAGUACUGCCUGGUUGAUGCCCUCAGACAAGGCCUGGAGUCCUGACGAGGUUCUCAUCAUGCGGCCAGGGAAGAACUACACAGUGAAGGACUACCAAGAGUUCUUUCAGGACAUUGACUAUAUGGAUGGCUGGUACAUGAGAAAAGACACUGUCAACCUGAUUCGUGACCUUACACCGCCAGGGGUCAAAGUUCACUGUCUCCAUGGAAUCAAUGUCAAAACUCCAGGAGUGCUGGUAUAUGAUAAGUCCAGCUGGUACGACUCUCAACCAAAAAUUAUACCAGACAACGGGGACGGCACGGUAAAUAUCCGCAGCCUGCGGGGAUGUUUGUCCUGGCAGAAGCAGCAGAAACAGCAGGUCUUCCAUAAAGAGUUCCCCAAAGUAGAACACAUGUCCAUUCUGCAGGACCCUAAUAUCAUUCAGUAUCUGAAACAAGUGUUAGUGGGCAGUUAAUGGCGGACCAUAUGAUGUCUUUUCGGCAUUUUAUUCAUUUUGAUGUCUCGCUAAAUAUUUCUCAGUUUUGUUUAACUUAAACGGUCUAAACUAAUAUUCAACAAAAUUUGUUUAUGGGUUUAAAAACAGAACUCUUUCUGUGGAUUAUACGAAAUUCUUUUGAUGUAUUGCUGAUCAAUUGUAAGUCAUGGGUUUAUUUGCUCUGUCAGCUUUUAAAGGAAAAAUAUCUGUUUAAUAUGUAAAAAGACUUUUUUGAUACUAUUUUGAGAAAUAGUGUCUGUGCCAAAUUCUUUUAGUUUCGAUUUUUACAUUUGAUGGAGUGUGGUUCAGAUGGACUAGUCAAAUAUGUAUGUACCUCUUCACAAAUAAAUGCCUCAGUUAACUAACUUUACAAGCAGGUGAGUGAACUUACGGAGUACAAGAUAGUUUUUAUCGAUUGUGAUGUAACAUUUAACUAAGAUUGACUUGUUCUGAUACAUGCCUCGUCCUGUGUGUGUUAGUCUUAUGAAACACCUAACUAAUUAACAGAUGAAUGAAUCACUGAGAACAAAAGUUACAGUUCUUACCAAUUGUUGUGUAACAAUUACGUUAGUUGGAAAUGAACCUAAUUUUUACUGUAUAGAGUGACCCUUGCAUGUUUACAGGUUACUUUUAUGGUGCCUUAUUGGCAUUUGAUAUUGAGAUAUCUAUGUUAUGUGUAUUUUCGUGCCCGGUAAAUCUAGAUUUGUGAAGAUAUUUUGCGCUUAAGUAAUUCCAUUCUGUUUCAAUUCUACAAGUGUGAAUCGAGGAAAAGUCAUUUUCUUCAAGCAUAGUUUCAUUAAUGUCAAUGAUAAUGCAAAAAAUUGCAGUGUGUUGACAGUGCCUAUUUCCUUGAUAUUAAGUGUUAAUUAGGAUAUUUUGGUGAUUAGUAAAUCUACACCGGUUCAAGGAAACUGGAGGUGGGACUCAUUUCCACCACGAGAACUAGUGCAAUGUCGGUGCUGUAUUAGAACUCUUACUGCAAUAUGCAUUAUGAAAACCUUCAUGUAUUCAUCCUGCAAUUGAUCAUUCUUCCCAGUAUUACUCGAUAUUACAAAAACAAUGCAUUCCACUCCACAUGCAAGCAUGUAGUGUUCUAACAUAUAGGUUUAUUCAUCUGUAAGAAUGAUUUAUGUUCCUCAGUUUGAAAAUUCUGUAACCCCACAUCCACCUUGAUGAACAAAUCUGAUCAGAAAGAGACGUAGAAAAGAGAGAUGUUAGGAAAUUGUGCAAUCAAUUAUUGAGACAAUAUCCAGUUGACAAUACCCGGAAUUUCUAAGUUACACUGCAUGUUUAUUUUAUUUACAUUUUGUGAUCAUAUUCGCUUGACUUGCAUUUAUUCAGUGUCAAGUCAGCUUAUUCUCAGUAUAUGUACAGUGUGUAUAUGUGUGUUUAUUAGGAAUUUGUAUGUAUGUGUGUGUGUCGGGAUGGAUGUAACAGACAAUUGAUGUAUACCAAGUGUGUAAACGUAUUUAUUUACUGUAGGUGUACUUUUUUCAAUGAGGUACUAAUUUUCAAGAUGUUUGUGGUCAUCAAAAAACCUGACUUUAAUACCAGCUGAGUUCAACUAUGUAUAAAUCCUUAUUUUAAAUCUUUCAGAAAGGUUUUGAACAAGUAAAGGUGUUGAAUAAGUGAAUUGUGAUUUUAUUCAAUAUUAUAGUAGAUGCAUGUCUCCUCUCUGUGUUUUCGUUGUACAGGUGUAGUAGUAUGCUAAAAUAGCUCAAACAUAAAUUGUCACAAUUAAAAUUAUACAUCAGUUACAAACACGACAUUCACAUAUCAUGUACAUGCAUUCUGAACCGUAAAGUAAAAGCACGUUAAAUUGGGCACAUUGCUACUCGGAUCACCUCCAUUUUAAGCUUAUCAUUGAUAAUCAGUGAGAGAUAAACCCAAGCACACAAAGACUAACUAUUUUGAUCUUGGUUACUCAAAGAGUAAUUUAAGGAGCUCACUAUCUCAAGACUUAUACAUUUUAUGACCCUGUCACAAGAUGGCGAUUCAGAUGUUUUGUGAAAUUACUUGUAUCGAUCGAUUUGUUUGUAUAUAUAUGUAGCUCAGUGGAUAAGUUAUCAGGUUAGAGGCCCGCAGAUCCUGAGUUCAGAUCCACGUGUGUCUUUUGUGUUAUUUAUUGAAAUAGAUUUUUUAAAAUAAUUUUUUUUAAAAUCCAAAAUUGCAUAUGUUUUGCCUUUUUGACAUAUAUACUUAUUACAUAUCAUCAUAUCUUUCAUGAUUAAAUCAUUUCAUGCUGAUUUAAUAAACUCUUUCAAUGUGUAGUGAGCCACCUUAAAUGUAUGUGAUAAAAACAAUCAUGGUAAAAGUAAAAGCAAUUCAUGCAAGUUGGAGUAACUGCUGGGUAAAUAAAAUUCAUGCCAAAUCCUGGAUUUACGGUACCAGUAAGUUGAGAUAGGUGUGAUGAAUGAUUAAAAAUGAAUAUUCUCACUGCAUACAAAUCUGGAAUUAUGACCCCCGCCGACAAAAGUAUACCUACAGUAGUUCAAUAGCUUGUUUGUAAAUUUUGAGAUGUGGGAUACAGUGGUGAAGGGAACCAGUUUACUAAAGGUCAAUUUUACAUGAUGAAAUUUACGAACAGGAAGAAAUAUGUAUAACCACUGUGUUUGCUCUCAGUUAUAAGAUCUGUAUUGAAACAGGUUCAGACUAAUUGUAUGUGCAUUUGUCAUGCCUUUGCUAUUUUCAUGAUCUAUGAUGUGUAGUAUUCAAGGCCCCGGUGCAAGCUUCCUUUUGAUUUUGAUUUUUAUGUGUGACCUUGACAGAUUCUGGUAACCUCUGUCCAUGAGAAGUUUUAUAUAAACCAAGGAGUUAUAUAUGACUGCAAUAGCAUAACACAAGCUCGACUUUGAGCUGUGGAUCUGAGAUGAACCUGAUUGCAUAAUUUUGUAUUCUAAAUUCCACUAUAUCGUACUAUUAUUCUUCAUAACUUGUUAAUUAUUAGAAAAGAUUUGUAACAUUUGAUAUUUUCGUAAUUGUGUUUGAAUUUUGUUCUCUUCAUUGUGUUAUAAAUUUUUACCAGAUGAAGCGCGUCUAACAAGGCACUGCCUCCAUCUGUGAUAUUCUCUCUAUGUGUAUUUUUAUUUCUGUCAAAGGUUUGAAUGUGCCAUUUUAGAGGAGAGUUUUAUUUUGGAGAAACAAAGUGAAUAUAAAUGAACGUAUUGACGAAAAACGUACAUUUGGCUUACCGAACCACCUAAACCUUUUAUAUCAAGUUGGGAGAGAGGCAAACAAGUAUCUUUGCAAAUUAAGCCUUAUAUUUGAAAGCAGACAACAUUGUAUCCCUUCACUUUCUCUCGUGUUAUGAUUUUCUUAAUUUAAUAAUAAUCAGACUGCUAUCGUUCAAUUUCUUUUUAAGAUUAUGGCUACAUAAAAGGAAGAUUUUGAAGUACUUUUUAGAGUUUUACAUUGAGCAUUAUGGUUAUAUUUAGUAUAGUGACUAGAAAUACUACUCAUCAUUAGCUAUUGUUAAGAUUGUAUGAGAGAAAAGGUUUUGUGAAAUACAGGUCUAAUGUAUUGGAAUGCUCAUUAAACUGCAUAACAUGUUUAAA